AAAAAACUGCAGUUUAAUCCAUUUCACGAUUUUCUCUUGCAAGCCCUAAGCUCUCCAGUUGCAACCUCGCUUUGAACCCACCACUGCUGUUUUCCGUCAUUGUCGCCGUCUUUAUCUUUCUCCAAUUUGAAGCCAUUGCUCUCCCUCACUGUUGCCGUCGCUCAGCACUUUGAAUCCAUCACCGCAACUGUUGUAGUUGAACUGAAAGAGGCGAGGUCGCAAGAAGUCCUAAAUUAGUGUGGAUGAGGUGACCUCACUAGAUAAAACAUUUCCCUUUUAUCCAUUUUUUAAAUGUUUAUCCUCUAAAGUGAUUUUCCAUAUCUGGGCUACUAUUCUAUGCUUUACAAUUCAUCUCGAUCAUUUCCUGAUAUAUGUUCCACUCGCAUUAGUCUAUUCCUCAUUCUGUUAUGGAUACUAUCAAAAUCAAGACCGAAAAUAUCAAUGGUAAACCUUUGGAAAGUGAGUGUUCAUGUGUGAAGAUAAAGAUCUUAUUCUUUGCCAGAGCUCGGGACUUAACUGGCUUAACAGAGAUGCCACUAGAGCUGUCAUCUGGUAGUACGACCCGUGAUUGUUUGAAUAAGCUUGUUGCUAAGUUCCCCUGUUUGGAAGAGAUUCGUGGCUGCAUAGUUCUUGCUCUAAAUGAGGAAUACACAACCGAAGAUUCGGUUGUCAAAGAAAAAGAUGAGCUGGCAAUUAUACCUCCAAUAAGUGGUGGCUAAUUAUUCUUGCAGAUUAUGCAAACCUUGGAAGAGGCUAAUAGUUCAAGCAUAGAUAUGAAUUUCGGUACAUAUUCCUCUUCUGUAAUUUCUUGUACUUUUCAAUUGUUGCAACAAAAUAUAAAAGGAUGUGGAAUAAAAACAAGACCAAUCUGCCAAUUACCUCUGUCUUAUGCUAUACCUUAAAGGAUUCAUUUGGAAAAAUGCAUCUCUUUUCGGAAUCAUAAGCUGUAAAUCCUAAAUAAUUAUGCACUGGGUGUUUGCCCAUGUGUACAAUUUACUUUUAUUCCUUCCUUUAUUUUAUCGAAUUAAAUUAGUUUUGCUGAA